AUGCCAGGGAACCUAUCAAAUAAAAGAGAGAAGUGCCUUCUUACUUUUCUGUUCAGACAGGAGGAUUCGAAACGUGAUACGAUGCCAAUUGGCGGGAAAGAGAAAUACGCCGGACAUUGUCCAUUAUCAGGCGGUCAGCAAACUACUUAUAUUCAAACAGUUAUUGAUGUCAUAAAACCACCACCAUCCAUCUAUCUAUCUAUCUAUCUAUCUAUCUAUCUAUCUAUCUAUCUAUCUGACGAGGUGUCGACAAAUGUCACCUUUUAUGCCAUUGGGAAAAGUGCACUUCAGAUUGGCGCAGCUGAGCCAAUGUUUGUCAGAAUGUUUCGCCCGACAGCAAAUAAGAAACCUAUAGAAUCCCCGACAGAGAGUUUCAUGCAAACUAAAUACUCACUGACCGUUCCGAAUCGUGCUAUCGAUCUGGGAUACUAUGUAUAUUCCCUAAUCUAUCUAUCUAUCUAUCUAUCUAUCUAUCUAUCUAUCUAUCUAUCUAUCUACAUUAUUUAUCUAUAUUUCGUUUUCCUCUUGAAUACUAUUCUGUCAACAGUAUUUAUAUUUAUUUCUUUUUCCUCUCGAACAAUAAUCAGCAAACAGUGUUUAUCUAUACUUUGCCUUCCUACUGAACACACUUCUGCCAAAGGUAUUUAUCUAUAUUUCGUUCUUUCUCUUGAAUACUCUUCAUAUUUAUCUAUAUUUCUUUUUCUUCUUGAACACAAUUCUGCCACCAGUAUUUAUUUUUAUUUCUUUUCCUUUCGAACAUUCUCCCGCCAACAGUAUUCAUAUAUUCUUCGUCUUCCUCUUAAACUCUGUUCGGCAAAUUCUAUCUAUAUAUUCUUCGUCAUCCUCUAG